GUCGAGCCAAACGAGCCCGCGACUAAACCGCGGCGUCUCUCGCCGGUCGCGGCCUCUUCCUGUCAAAAUCUCUACAUUUCAACGCGGCAAAUAGUGGUGACGCGCUGUUUUUUUUAAUAAUCUGCUGUCGAUAUUUACGAUUUGCUUGCUAACCAGGCGAUAUUAGAGGGAGACAGGCAAAGAUGCCGUGAUUUUCUUUUUGGUAGCCACAAAUAUUAUCAACCAAGUGUGAAUCUUGUGGCUUGCUAUUUAGUCCUUCCUCUUUAACAACUGAAACAUCAAAAUUAGUACUAUGGGAACCUUUUUAAGCACAAUUAUGCAAUAAAACAUGGCAAAUGAGUAAUCCAUGUCUCUCAAUAAACCUUUGCUGGCGUAGAAAAUUUGUUGAUGAAUGCAAUUGGCCAAUAUAAUAAACAGAAGAAGGCUAGUGUACCUCCCUCAAAAAAAAAUAGGCUAGUGGACUUAGACAGUGCAACCUGAGUGAGACUUCUGGAUGUUCUAUGUGUUCAUGCUUUGCACUGGCAGUAUUAGUUGUUUCUUCUGUACAUUAUAUUGAAUAUUCUAAAAUUUAAAUUUCAGUUUAUUAGCUACUAGAUAUAUGUAAACUUUUAGGAAAAGUGAAAACCUACUUGUACAUGCAGUGAUUAGGAUAUGGGAUGGUGGUUUGGAUUUUGAAAGUUUCCACUAAACUUGUAGCAUAUAUUUUAGAGUUAAAUGCACGAGGGGCCCUCGAAUUUGUAAGUGUGCGUCACAUAGCCCUGAACUUUGAAAAUGCAUUUCUGCCCCCCCUAAACUUGUUAAGUGGUACACCACAGGACCAUACUUGCCACACGGGCAUUUUUUGCUGAUGUGUCAUUGCUACGUGGUGAAAAAGAAAGCACCAAACCCCCCUGAAACCCAAUCUGUGUCGCCGUCGUCGGCGCGGAGACGCCUCCACACAGAGGUGCUUGCCGUCAGGAAGGACAACGAGGGGAGCAUCAGGGGUUGGAGGGUGAGAGGAGAGGCUGUUGAUACUGAGUUGAACCUUCGAAGGAGGGGUGCUUCAUACUUCAUUCUCUUUUAUGCUGCAUGGUGUCCAUUUUCGAGCAAAUUCCAACCAACAUUUGAAGCUCUUAGCACGAUGUACCCUCAGAUACAUCACUUUGCUGUUGAAGAAUCUUCUGCUACACCAAGUUUGUUUUCAAGAUAUGGAGUCCGUGGUUUCCCAGCCAUUCUUUUUGUAAAUGAGACUACGAUGGUUCGAUAUCGGGGUUCAAAAGAUCUUAACUCUCUGGUCAAUUUCUAUAAAGAGACUACAGGUCUCGAUCCAAUUGCAUAUAUUGAUGUUGUCCACCAAGAGAGCACAGGAAGCUUGAGCUCAGUUAUGCCAUGGGAUCGUUCUCUGCGUGAAUUUGCCAAAGAUGAGCCAUAUUUGUUAGCUGCAGUUCUUUUUAUCAUCCUGAAGGUUGCAGCGCACUUCAUACCUGUUGUCAUGUCUCAUCUGAGAGCUUUCUUAGUUGUCCGUGUCCAAAACUUGAACCUAGGGAUCCGUAGGGGAUCAAACCAGCUCUUGGAACGAGCAUUGAAUGUUCUUGAUAUGAGGAGGCUUUGGAGCAAGCUGAGACUGAGCAACAAGGCAACGGACUUGAGGAAGGGAGCAAGUAAUGCACGAGCUUGGGCUUCCUCAUUUGCUUCUGUUUCACUGGGUGAACCAUCAUCUUCGAGACAAGCGUAGCCAUUUUGGAGAUGUUUGUUAGGGUAGCUGCUCACAUGGUGCAAAACUAUUUAAUCUUUGCUUCCCAUCCUGCUAUGUAGCACUGUUUCUGUGCAGUCAGGAAGGGGAGAAACCUUACAGGCAUGUAAAUUUUGAGGACAUCAUGUGCUGUUGUAUAUUAGGAUUACCUUUGCAUUUGCUAAUGCAACCCCUAAUCUUCCUGUCCAUUAACUAGAGUUAUUUGGCCAUGUAUCAUGAACAUCUUUGUAGGUUUUUUAGGAUUUCUCUCCGUUUGUGGUGAUGUAUUGGUAGUUUACACUGUAAUCUCCAUUAAAGAACUUGUUGUAUGGCUGUGAUUGAAGAGCUUGAAGCUGGGCCCUACUCUGUGGAACUCAGUUCCUAUCUUCUUGUAGGCUGUGAUUGCUGCAGCAGCGCCGUGGCUGCUGCUGCAGUAACCACUCCUACAUAUACUGUGGCAGCAGCAGCUGGGAGUAUACAAGGUCAUGUAAAAUA